UAGAAGGCUGGCGGAGGGAUCUGCAAUUGUGAAGGUCCUGACGGGAGACAGACAGCAGAGGGAAUCGAUAACAAACCAGACUCCGUGAAAAAUUAUGACUGCAACAAUAAACAGCUAGCUGGCUUCUUAUCUUUUAUGAGCCCAAAUCACAGACAAGCAAAUCAAGACAACCAAGAACAUGGAAAGAAAAGGUGUUCCUGUUAAGCGCAUUCUCAACAAACCCCAGAUAGUCCGCAGUUUGGGCAGCAACCUUCACCCGGAUGUGAACGCCAGCCACUCCCGAGCUGGAUGGUCGCUCCUGAGCAAAGUGCAUCGCAGCAGGCACAAGCAUCUCUACGACAACAACCAUCAUAUCAGGGCCAAGCCUGAUUUAAACACAACACUACCAGUUCGACAGACGGCAUCCAUCUUUAAACAACCAGUGACCAAGGUAACAAAUCAUCCCAACAACAAGGUGAAGGCGGACCUGCAGAAGUCUGUGGACCAACCGAAACAACUGUUCUGGGAGAGGAAGCUGAGCGGGUUGAAUGCAUUUGAUAUCGCAGAGGAGCUGGUGAAAACUAUGGAUCUCCCCAAAGGCUUACAGGGUGUUGGACCUGCAUGUUCAGAUAAAACUCUGCUCUCCGCCAUCGCCAGUGCUCUGCACACCAGCCCCUCACCUGUCACUGGACAGCUCACCGCUGCUGUGGAGAAAAAUCCUGGAGUCUGGCUCAAUACAUCACAACCGCUCUGCAAAGCCUUCGUAGUGACCGAUGAUGACAUCAGGAAGCAAGAGGACCUGGUGCAGAAUGUGAGGAGGCGACUCGAGGAAGCCCUCACGGCUGACAUGUUGGCUCAUAUAGAGGACACCGCUGCCGAGGCAGCAGCAGCCAACAAAGUGGAAGAGAAGGUUGAGCAAGUGGACAAGGAGGAAUUAUAGCCAAGGCUUGUUUGACAUGACGUUUGCUGGUAAACUCCUUUCAUUUUCAAAUAAUUGGCUCCAUGAAGAUUUUUUAUACAAUUUCAAGUGAAAUAUACCCUAAAUGCAGACAUUCUGCAGGUUUUGUUUACCUAAACAAAGACUGUUUUCUUUAUUUGUAUUUGUAUUUUUACAUGUGACGGUGUAAUCCUGAAAGGGUUCUUUGGGUUUUCAGUUCACUUUUACCUCUAAUAAUGUAAAGCAACGUUCUUUAGACUCUAUAUUUAGUGUUUUCAGGAAACAGUGACAUCACCAUUUCAACUAUAGUGAGUCAAAGGAAAUUAUUCAUGUUCCUGUAAGUUGUACUUUUAAGGCAGUUUACGGCAGUUGUGGAUGAUGCUCUAUACAAUGCAGUGUUACAUUUGGUUAACAGCUGUUCAAGCUCAAAGUUAAAAGUGUGUGUGUGUGUGUGUGUGUGUGUGUGUGUGUGUGUGUGUGUGUGUGUGUGUAUCCACUCAUGUUGACGUCUUAAGUGUGUUUCUUUUUUAACAUGUUGCUCUUUUAUAUUUUACUCUGGCACUGUAGGUAGUGUGUUUAUGUUUGGAAGCAUAGAAAGGUUGCAGUAUGUUUACAUGCACACAGCCCUCUUGUGGCUGUGAAUUAUUAAAAUGUAGUUUGUUUGAUUCAAGGUUUUACAGUUCAAAGCAGUGUUAUGUCUCACAAUUAUGUGAGUGUACAUGGUUUGAAGUUUAAGCCAUGGCAUUUUUAUUGAUAAAAGUAGAAUCAGUACUGGGUCUCCAGCUACAUUUGAGUUUAAACAGAAAAUGUGUGUACCCUCAGAUAAUACAAAAACAAAUACAACACUGAUGUACCUCAUAACAAGAUGUACUGUAUCUCAUUACAAGAUUCAUGAUUUGUCACUGUCAAAUAAAUGCAGCUCUUUCAUGA